AUGUUAGUUACAACGUGUUUAAGACUGUUACCACGCUCAUCCCGAGCCAGUGGGCUAUCGAUACGAUGUUUAUCCCAUACGACAAAGCCCGUCACUACAAAGAAAAUCUACGACAAACCUAAAUCGAAAUCUAAAGAGGAGAGAAAGAUAUUUGGAAGGUUAAAGGAUGCCAGUGGGUCAGAAAAUGAAGGAAGUGUUGCAUUGCUGAGCUCAACAAGUUCUGGUAUCGCAAUCCAACCAUCUCAGUACCUUCCUACGUCGGCAUUACCGCAAAUGCCCGAACAUUUACAAGAACAAUCACUUGAAUCGAUAUAUGAAUCACUUGGUCAAAGACACAUUCUUGAUCGAAUAAAUCAACCCAAGGGGAUAGAUCUUGUUAUUCCACCCGAGUUCAUCAAACCUCCACAACCGCCAAAGCGUCAUGUGCGUCCAGAAAAGACGAAAGAUUUGGACAAGAAAAUCAAGAAUUUCAUCGCUGGUGAACAUGAUGAUCGUAGUUUGAUCCAUUUGGGUAAGGAAAUAAGUGCUCAUAUGGAACCGGACCAUAACGAAAUAUACCCAAUCUUGGAACACCCUUUGAAAAAGUCAUUAUCGGGUUUGAAAACACUCAAUCCAGCCAUGAAUAAAAUCAAAGAUCAAUUCUUGUGGGAUGUGAUGCCUGAGGAGAAAUUGGCAUUUGUUCCACCUUACCAAGCUGACAAUCCAUUAGGGUUUAAGCAAUGGGAGAAGGAGUUGAUUGCUGAGCAAGAAAAGGUUAAAAAGGAACAAGAUUUGAUUUUGAAGGAAUUGCAAGAAUUUGAAAAACUCAUGGGUGAUUCAAAAUCUUUCUUUGGAAAGAAUCAGAAUGGUUCGAAAAGUGAUGACGUUACUGAUAGUAGAGCCAAGGGAAAUAGAAGGAAAUUGAAUCGAAAGUUGUUGAAAAAGUACAAGAAAUUGAAAGAUGAGGGAAAGAUUGAUGCUGACUAG